UUCCUCUCUGCGGAAGCCCUCAGUUCUGAGGUGACUGUUCCUGAGUCCUCUCCCUCCCUGCUAAACCCUGGGGCUUUGUCUGCUCAAACUGCGUGCCCAGGCUUGUCCCUGACAGUGGAGGAGACAGAGAUUCAGCUCAUGGAGGAGGAGCAGAGACACCAGAGGAGACGCGCAGUGAGCUGGAAGAGAAACUUGUGAGGGCAGGGGAGGGAGGCCCACCGGGCAUGUUCCAGGUGCACCCCAGGCUGGUCAUCCCAGAUGCCACCCCCACGGUGACCCAGUUUCCCUGUGCUACCUUUCCAGUGCCUGCUGGCAAAGGGGACUUUCCCAUAAACCUUGCCUCCACCGAAAGGACAGUGAUCCAAGCCAGUGCAACAUGGGGAGUUAGGGCCAGCCUUGGGGAGCUCUGGGAAGAGCCUGCCGCUAGAACUAGGGACCCUGGAAGUGGGACUACAGGACAGAGAAGAGUCUCUCCUUCCCUCCAAGCCCACGAAUAGCAAGACAGACACACGUCCCACAAUGUGGCUCCUUCACCCAGAGGGCCUCCUGUAUCCCCCUUGCUGUACUCUGUCCAUGGAUGCCACUCAUGCAUCUCCGCAGGCAGACAUCUUCAGGAUGAGAGCCCCAGUCCUUUUCGCUGCUGUCCUCUAUCUCCAGGGGUUUUUGGCUGAGGAAGAUGCAUGCCUCUCCCUGGAAGGGUGCCCAGACAGGGAGGGUGGAGCCCCAUCCAUUGUCCAUGGACUCCAGCUCCACAGCUCCGGGAGCCCCACCAGCCUGGAGGCCUCAUGGAGUAAUGGCCCUGGGAAGCAGGACAGCUACCAACUAUUGCUCUAUCACCAAGAAUCCCAAACACUGGCAUAUAACAUCUCCGUGUCCCCAGACAUCCUGUCCUAUAAUUUUGGCAACCUCUUACCAGGUAGCAAGUAUGUUUUAGAGGUUACCACCUGGGCUGGCCAUCUCCAGGCCAAGACCAGCACUCACCAGUGGACAGACCCUGUGCCUCCUGAUCACCUGGUGCUGCGUGCUUUGAGCACCAGCAUCCUGCAGGCCUCCUGGAACAGCUCUGAAGGGGCUGCCUGGCUCCAUCUGGGGCUCACAGACCUCCUAGGUGGUGUUAACCUGACUGUAGUCGUCAGACGAGGAGUCUCAAACCAUACCUUCCUCCACCUGUCUCCAGGGACCCGCUAUGAGCUGACACUUUGUGCUGCUGCUGGGCCCCAUAAGGCCAUGGGGCCCAGUGCUACGGAGUGGACCCAUCCCUCUGCCCCAAGGGACCUGGUGCUGACUUCCACGCCCCCUGGGCUCUGGGCAAGCUGGAAGGCAGGGCCAGGAGCCCGAGAUGGCUAUGUGCUAAGAUUAAGUGGGCCAGUAGAAAAGAGUGUUGCUCUAGGCCCUGAGGCCUGCAAUGCCACAUGGCCAGGGCCCCUGCCCACUGGACACUAUGGCCUGGAGCUGGAGGUUCUGGCUGGGCCCUAUGAUGCCUUCGUCCAGGCCAGUGCCUGGCUGGAUGAUUCUGCAGCCAAAACUCCGCAGGGCCAUGGUGCCAAGCUGCGGCUGGAUGGUCUGGAGGCCAGCAGGGAGCCCGAAAGGCGGGCACUGCUCUAUGCUGAUGGUGAUUUGGGCCUCCUGGGAAACAUCUCCGUGCCCUCUAGCACCAACCACAUCACCUUCUGUGGGCUGGUGCCUGGGGCCCGCUACCGUGUGGACAUUGUUUCAUCUCUGGGUGUCAUUAUCCAGAGCCUCACAGGCCACACAAGUCCCUUGGCACCACAGUUACUGGAGGUCACCAGCAGGGCCAGCCUGUCUGAUCUGACUAUUGGCUGGGCUCCAGCACCAGGACAACGGGAAGGCUACACAGUCACUUGGCACCAGGAAGGCAACCAGAGGGCCUUGGGCGGCCGUGUUGACUUGGGCCCAGACAAUGGCAGCGUGACUCUGAGGGGUCUGGUGCCUGGCUUCUGCUACACGGUGUCAGUGCAGGCCUGGGCAGGGAGCCUCAACUCCAGCCCCCAGAGGACCCGUGCCUGCACCUCCCCUGCUCCGCCCGCCAACUUGAGCCUGGGCUUUGCUGUCCAGCCCCCCGUGCUGAGGGCCUCCUGGAGUUUCCCACCAGGUGGCAGGGAUGGUUUCCGGCUGAGGCUAUACAGCCUGAAGCCCCUGGCUCUGGACAGUGAGGAGACGUUGGGUCCCGAGAUCCAGAACUUCUCCUGGGCCCAGCUGCCCAGGGGCUCUGAGAUCCUGGUGCGGCUGGCUACUCUACGGGGAUUGGAGGAGAGUGGCAGUGCCAACGCCACAGGCUGGACCCCCCCCCUCGCUCCUUUGCUGGUGAAUGUGACCAGCAAAGGCCCCACUCAGCUCUGGGCAUCUUGGAUUCAUGCUCCCGGGGGCCGGGACAGCUACCAAGUAACCCUGUACCAGGCAGGGGCCCAGGUGGCUGUGGACACUGUGGGAGCAGAGGUGAACAGCACAAGAUUUUCUGCGCUGACUGCGGGCACACAGUACGAGGUGGAGGUUGGCACGUGGGCCGGGCCCCUUUGCACCGCAGCAGCCAAUGUUUCUGGCUGGACCUCCCCCCACGUGCCCCACGAAGUGCUGGUAUCCAUGCAAGCGAGCAGUGCUGUGGUUAGCCUGGCCUGGGCCAGUGGUCCCCUUGGGCAGGGUGUAUGCCAUGCCCGGCUCUCAGAGUCCGGGCACCUGUCCAGGGAGCAACCCUUGGUGCCAGGCCAAACCCGCCUUGUGCUGAGGGAGCUCCCACCGGGCCACAGUCUCUCCCUGUUGGUGCUAUGUGAGGCGGGGCCGCUCCAGGUCUCUACCCACUCCGUGGUGUUGCCUGUUGAGCCUGGCCCUGUGGAGGAUGUACAGUGCCAACCUGAUGCCACCCACCUGGCUUUGAACUGGACGAAGCCUGCGGGAGAUGUGGGUGCCUGCCUGGUCAUGGUGGAGCAGUUGACCACAGGAGGAAAUGCGUACCUCGUGUUCCAGGCCAACACCUCUGAGGACGCUCUCGUGCUGUCCAGCCUGGCGCCUGCCACUUCCUACCGCCUCAGCCUCACUGUGCUGGGCAGGAAUGGUCUGUGGAGCCGGACAGUCACGCUGGUGUGCACUACUUCUGCAGAGGCUUGGCACCCCCUAGAGUUAGCUGCAGCUCCUCAGCUGGAGGAGCCUGGGAUGGGCAUGGGCGUGGUGCUCACACCGGACAUGUUUGGCAAGGAUGAUGGACAGAUCCAGUGGUACGGUGUCAUUGCCACCACCAACAUGGCGUUGGCUCGGCCUUCACAGGAAAUCAUCAACCACACGUGGUAUGACCAUUACUACAGAGGAUACGACUCCUACCUGGCUGUCCUGCUUCCCAACCCCUUCUACCCAGGGCCCUGGAUGGUGCCAAGUUCCUGGACUGUGCCUGUGGGCACAGAGGACUGUGGUCACAUGCAGGAGAUAUGUAAUGGGCAGCUCAAACCAGGCUCCCAGUAUAGGUUCAGUGUUGCUGCCUUUACCAGGCCCACCUCCCCUGAGACCAUCGUCUCCUUCUCAGCCUUCUCAGAGCCCAGGGUCAGCGUUCCCCUGGCGGCAGUGCCCCCACCCGUCAUGGUGGGCAUCAUGGCAGGCUGUGCGCUCGUGGUCUGUGCCUUGCUGGGCCUGCUGGGCUGGCGGCGGGUGAAGGGGCAGAGGCUGGAGAAGGACAGCACUUCCCAGGAGCCGGAGCCUCACAGCCUAUGGCAGACCCACAGGCCCAUCCCCAUGCACAGCUUCCAGCAGAGCUUCGAGGCCAAGAGCGCUCACUCGCACCAGGCUUUCUUUCAAGAGUUCGAGGAGCUGAAGGAGGUAGGCAAGGAGCAGCCCAGAUCUGAGGCCGAACACCCUGCCAAUAUCACCAAAAACCGUUACCCACAUGUGCUGCCCUAUGACCACUCCAGGGUCAGGCUGGCCCGGCUGGAGGGAGAGCCCCAUUCUGACUACAUCAACGCCAGCUUCAUCCCAGGCUACGCCCACCAACGAGGGUACAUUGCUACCCAGGGGCCUCUCAAGAAGACUCUGAAAGACUUUUGGCGGCUGGUGUGGGAGCAGCAGGUCCACACCAUUGUGAUGUUGACGGUGGGCAUGGAGAAUGGGAGGGUUCUAUGUGAGCAUUACUGGCCAGCAGACUCCAUCCCUGUCAACCACGGUCACCUCACAAUUCACCUCCUGGCUGAGGAGUCCAGAGAUGAGUGGACCAUGAGGGAUUUCGAGCUGCAGCACGGUGCCCAGCACAAACAGCGGAGAGUAAAGCAGCUGCAGUUCACCACUUGGCCAGACCACGGCAUCCCAGAGGCCCCUGGCUCCCUGCUCGCCUUUGUGGAGCUGGUGCAUGAGCAUGCCAGGGCCACCCAAGGCACCAGGCCCAUCCUGGUGCAUUGCAGUGCGGGUGUAGGCCGUACGGGCACCUUCGUCGCCCUUUCGAGGCUGCUGCAGCAGCUGGAAGCGGAGCAGGCAGUGGAUGUGUUCAACGUGGUGUACACGCUCCGGCUGCAUCGGCCCCUCAUGAUCCAGACCCUGAACCAGUAUAUCUUCCUGCACAGCUGCAUCCUGAGCAGGAUUCUGCAAGGGCCCUCGGGCACCUCUGAGACUGGACCCAUCUCUGUGGCCAACUUCGCGCAGGCGUGUGCCAGGAGGGCGGCCAAUGCCAAUGCUGGCUUCCUGAGGGAGUACAAGCUCCUGCUGCAGGCUAUCAAGACGGAGGCUGGCUCUUCAGUGUCCCCUUCUGACUAUGAGCAGGACGGCACUGUCCCCCGCGCCCGCUCCCAGUCUCAUUGCUCUGCCAUGAGCGCAGAGAGCUCCGCUGAUGCCGUCCCUGAAGCCUGGCUCUUCCCUGGUGGGCCUUUGGGCCGUGACCACGUGGUGCUGACGGGGCCUGCGAGGCCAGAGGAGCUCUGGGAGCUUGUGUGGGAACACGGAGCCCACGUGCUAGUCUCCGCAAGCCCACCUGACACCCAGGAGAAGCCACAGGCGUUCUGGCCAACAGAGAUGCAGCCCGUCAUCGCAGGCAUGGUGACUGUACACUGGGUGGUGGACAGCAGCACUGCCAGCUGGCCCUGUACUCUCUUCAGGGUCACACAUGGGGAGAGCGGCAUGGAGAGGCUGGUGCAGCGGCUGCAAUUCCCACACCAGGAGCCUGGGCACGAGCUGCCUGCUGCUGCCCUGAUGCCCCUCUUGGCUGCUGUGAGCCAGUGCUGCUUCCGGGGCAAGAACAAGAAGCCCAGUACACUACUCAGCCACUGCAGCAAGGGUGCAGCCCAGCUGAGCACCUUCCUGGCCAUGGAGCAGCUGCUGCAGCAGGCAGGGGCCGAGCGCACUGUGGAUGUCUUUAAAGCAGCCCUGCAGCAGUCACAGGCCUGUGCCCUCAUGACCCCCACUCUGGAGCAGUAUAUCUGCCUCUACAACUGUCUGAACAACGCACUGGUGGAUGGGCUUCCCUGAGUCCAGAAGCAGCAGUGCCCUGUCAGGCCUGACCCAGCAAGUCCCCUGGCGGGGCUUCUAGGAGGGCAGCCUCUACUGGGCACCAUGGUGGGAAGGGCCAGGGGCAAGGAAUAAAGAUACAUGCUUGAG